CUGGAGGCCGUGGGCAGCUUCGAGUUCUCGCGCAAGGACCUGAUCGGGCACGGUGCCUUCGCCGUGGUCUUCAAGGGGCGCCACCGGGAGAAGCAUGACCUGGAGGUCGCCGUCAAGUGCAUUAACAAGAAGAACCUCGCCAAGUCCCAGACGCUCUUGGGGAAGGAAAUCAAGAUCCUCAAGGAACUGAAACAUGAAAACAUCGUGGCUCUGUAUGACUUCCAGGAGAUGGCCAACUCUGUCUACCUGGUCAUGGAGUACUGCAAUGGUGGAGACCUGGCUGACUACCUGCAUGCCAUGCGGACACUGAGCGAGGACACCAUCAGGCUAUUCUUGCAGCAGAUUGCAGGCGCCAUGCGGGUGCUGCACAGCAAGGGCAUCAUCCACCGUGACCUGAAGCCCCAGAACAUCCUGCUAAGCAACCCUGGUGGGCGCCGAGCCAAUCCCAACAACAUCCGCGUUAAGAUCGCUGACUUUGGCUUCGCCCGCUACCUGCACAGCAACAUGAUGGCUGCCACGCUCUGUGGCUCCCCCAUGUACAUGGCCCCCGAGGUCAUCAUGUCACAGCACUACGACGGCAAGGCAGACCUGUGGAGCCUCGGCACCAUCGUGUACCAAUGCCUGACGGGCAAGGCACCUUUCCAGGCCAGCAGCCCCCAGGAUCUCCGCCUUUUCUAUGAGAAGAACAAGACAUUGGUCCCCACCAUCCCGAGGGAGACCUCUGCCCCACUGAGACAGCUGCUCUUGGCCCUGCUGCAGCGAAACCCCCGAGAUCGCAUGGGCUUUGAUGAGUUUUUCCAGCACCCUUUCCUUGAUGCCAGCGCUGCCGUGAAGAAGUCACCCCCGGUGCCUGUGCCCUCCUACCCUAGCUCCGGUUCCGGCAGCAGCUCCAGCAGCAGCUCCACCUCCCACCUGGCCUCUCCCCCGUCCCUAGGGGAGAUGCAGCAGCAGCUGCAGAAGACGCUGACCUCCCCGGCUGAGGCUGCCGGCCUCCUGCAGGGCUCCCGGGACUCUGGCGGUAGCAGCAAGGAUUCCUGUGACACUGAUGACUUCGUCAUGGUCCCAGCCCCGUUUGCAGGUGACCUGGUGGCCGAGGUGACAGGGGUCAAACCCCCUCCUGACAGCCUGAUGUGCAGCGGGAGCUCACUGGCGGCCUCUGCUGGCCCGGAGAGCCGCGGCCGAACUCCAUCUCCCUCCCCGCCCUGCAGCAGCUCCCCCAGCCCCUCAGGCCGGGCCGGCCCGUUCUCCAGCAGCAGGUGUGGCGCGUCUGUGCCCAUCCCGGUCCCCACGCAGGUGCACAACUACCAGCGCAUUGAGCAGAACCUGCAGUCCCCACCCCAACUCCAGGCCCCCCGGUCCUCCGCCAUCCGCAGGUCAGGCAGCACCAGCCCCCUUGGCUUUGCACGGCCCAGUCCAUCACCCCCGUCCCACACCGAACACGGAGCUGCCCUGGCUAGGAAGCUCUCCCUGGGCGGGGGCAGGCCCCAUACGCCUUCCCCACAAGUUGGAACUAUCCCUGAGCGGCCAGUUUGGAGCCGGACACCUUCUCCCCAGGGAGCUGAGGUGCGGACCGGCAAGUCUCCGCGCUCAGGCUCCUCCAUGCCCGAGUACCACCCCCAUUCCACUGGUCUGGGCUGCCGUCUGCACAGUGCCCCCAACCUGUCUGAUCUGCACGUCAUCCGUCCCAAGCUGCCCAAGCCACCCACAGAUCCCCUGGGAACAGCAUUCGGCCACCCGCAGGCCAGUCCACCCCAGCUGGCCCCUGGACUGCAGUCCUGCCGGCCACUGCGAGGCUCACCCAAGCUGCCUGACUUCCUGCAACGGAACCCCCUGCCCCCCAUCUUGGGCUCCCCCACCAAGGCUCUCCCUGCCUUCGACUUCCCCAAGACCCCCAGCUCCCAGAACCUGCUGACCCUCCUGGCCCGGCAGGGUGUGGUCAUGACACCACCUCGGAACCGGACGUUGCCAGACCUGUCGGAGGCGGGGCCCCUCCAGGGGCAGCAGCUGGGCCCGGGCCUGCGGCCUGCGGAGGAUACCAGGGGCCCCUUUGGCAGGUCACUCAGCACUGGCCGCCUCACAGACCUCCUCCUUAAGGCUGCAUUUGGGACGCAGGCCCCUGGCUCCGGCAGCACAGACAGCCUGCAGGAGAAGCCCAUGGAGAUCGCACCCUCUACCGGCUUUGGAGGGAGCUUGCACCCAGGAGCCCGAGCUGGGGGUGCCAGCAGCCCUGCCCCUGUUGUGUUCACUGUGGGCUCACCCCCGAGUGGAACCACGCCACCCCAGGGACCCCGUGCCAGGAUGUUCUCAGUGGGCUCUUCCAGCUCCCUCAGCUCAGCCGGCUCCUCCUCCACCCGACACCUGGCAUCCAUGGCCUGCGGUGAGACGGCCCCUGAGGUCCCUGCGCCUGGACACUGCCGCGGCUUUGCUGACCCCAUGGCUGCCAACCUGGAAGGGGCUGUGACCUUUGAGGCCCCUGACCUCCCUGAGGAGACCCUCAUGGAGCAAGAGCACACGGACGCCCUGCACAGCCUGCGCUUCACGCUCGUCUUCGUCCAACACGUCCUGGAGAUUGCCGCCCUCAAGGGCAGUGCCAGUGAGGCAGCUGGAGGGCCUGAUUUCCCAUUGCAGGAGAGUGUGGUGGCCGACCAGAUCAGCCUGCUGAGCCGCGAGUGGGGCUUUGCAGAGCAGCUGGUGCUGUACCUGAAGGUGGCUGAGCUGCUCUCUGCCGGGCUGCAGACAGCCAUCGAGCAGAUCCGGGCUGGUCGGCUCUGCCUGUCAUCUACCGUGAAGCAGGUGGUGAGGAAGCUGAAUGAACUGUACAAGGCCAGCGUGCUCUCCUGCCAAGGCCUGAGCCUGCGGCUGCAGCGCUUCCUCCUGGACAAGCAGCGGCUUCUCGACCGCAUCCAGAGUGUCACUGCUGAGAAACUCAUCUUCAGCCACGCGGUGCAGACGGUACAGUCGGCCGCACUGGAUGAAAUGUUCCACCGCCGGGAGGACUGUGUCCAGCGCUACCACAAGGCGCUGCUGCUCAUGGAGGGGCUACAGCAGAUCCUCACGGACCAGGCGGAUGUGGAGAACAUCGCCAAGUGCAAGCUGUGCAUUGAGAGGAGACUCUCGGCCCUGCUUACCGGCAUCUGUGCCUGACCCUGGAGGCCUGGGUGCCACACCUGAGGCCAGACUCUGCCAAUCCCAAGGGUGACCUGGGACUUCUGGUUGACUUGGGGAUGAGCCUGUGGCCUGGACACUGCUCGCUGGCAUGAAGUGUGCCACCCACCUCAGCUCAGCAGCAGCCUGGGAGACACGAGGGAUGCCGCCAGGUCAUGGGGGUCCUCACAGACCCUCAACUCUGGCCAGUCCCAGCCUGGCUGAUGGGUCAGCUCCCACCAGGACUCAAAACGUCCCCUUCCCCCCAGCAGCUGGGGCCUCAGGCACCCCCAGCCCUGCCAGAGCCUGUGCCAGAGCCCACUCAAGCCAAAGCCGUCAGCUCCGUUGUGGCUCUGCCCAGGAAGAGGCUCUGCUGAGACCACCCUCCGCUUUGUGAUCACCCAGCACUUUAUGGUGGGCUUGACUAGCCACCCUGGCCCAGCCACUGGCGCAGACACCUCAGUGUGGACAUGUGUGCAGGGAUGGGACGCCCUGCUCUGCCUGGGAGAAGCUUCCCACACACGCUGCUCCGCAAAUGUGUCUUAUUUUUUGUAACUUCUUUUUUUAAAGAAGAGAACAGCUGGUGUUUAGGGUGUUUAGUUGGGGAAAGGCGGGCAGGACAUGGGGGUGCUAGGAACUGGUGUGUGGCAACUAACUCCCUGUUUGUGGCAGGCAGGCAAGGGGAUGUUUAGCGUGAGCUCCCGGUUACAUACACCACUGCUGAUGUCCAUCCCCUCCGGGCUGCCACCAUGGGUCAGCAGGUGUCCUGGAGCAGCCUUCCCUGAUCUGCGCAGCCCCACAGAUGCUGCAGGACACAGGAAGCUGUUUGAUCCCGACCACUUGGCCUCAGAGCCAGCUAGUAUUUAUCACUUUAGGUCAGGCCGGAAGCAGUGCUCUUGGGAGGCUGGUGCCACCAAGGGGCCUUCUGUGCCUCCUGGCCUCUAAUUGUGUGCCAGGGGUGGCUGGGCCCCAGGUUGCCCAUGCUACCACAGUCCACUUCAAAGAAACGCCAUGUGGCUCCGUCUUUCCCAUGCUGACUGUGACACGGCUUCAGGAAAUAAACCCGGCGCUGAGCCGUGUUCCCGGUA